GCCGCUGGUGUUUCCGGUGUGUGGGUGGGGCUCCUGUGACAGCUGCAGACUGUCUGAGUGUGUUUUUUUUUUAUCUUCCUGAAGGAAGAACAGCGAGGUUUUUAAAAAACUAAAGUCAGGAGGAAAACUGACGAGAUGAAAAGUUUGAUGGCUUCACGGUUUUAAAUUCACUUCCGGCUGAAAAACACAAACAAACCCUGAGGAGGUUAAACAAUCCGACGAUCCGGCUGCUGAGGAUGUGAGAAAACCACAACACGAAAACACUUCACCCACCGCUGAAGACGACGUCUGAGCAGGAAAAAGUUUAACUAUCGACAGAAGACCCUCGGCUGCAGACAAACAUGUCUCUGUUCUUCUCCGGAGCCGUUACAAGUUCACCCAUAAAGCGAAGGCUUCGCUCCAAUCAGUCCUGUCAGAGCCUCGACACGUCCCUCCUCUCUCCUGACUCCUCGUAUGUCUUUAACUCGUCCAUGGAGGGCGGGGAUCCGUGCUCCUGCCGCCGCUCGCCACGCCUCCUCACCAAUGGAUACUACAGCGUCACGGAGGACAGCUUCUCCUGGGACGACCAGGGCAACGUGUCUCUGUCUCCCUGCAAGAGCAACGUGUCCUACAAGGAGAACCUGGUCAGGGUUUUCCGUCGUAGGCGGCGGCCUCGCAACUCACUGGUUCGCCUGCUGAGCGACGUGACGGAGAGCUGCCAGUCCUGGCUGGACGAGAAGGUCUUCAGAGGCGUGUUCGGGACAGGACACAACCAAAAUCAGAGCUGGGACCAAGAAUUUGACAAGGACCAGGACCUGGACUGGGCCAGGAGCAGUAAGGAAGGCCCGGCCCCGCUGGACGAGUCGUCGUGGUCCAGAUUAAACAGCACGGAGCUGGAUGACAGCCGCAGCUUCACUUACGACCAUACUGAGAUCCCGCCCCCUCCUGACAAAGAAUCCCCGCCCCAAAAGCUCCUCAUCCAGGAGGAGAUUUGUUCAGAGAUCUGUCAAUCAAAGGAGCGGUUCACUCAGUCACUAGGCGGCCUCUCUGAAGUCCCGCCUCCCUCUGCCUUCUACACCAACAGCUGCUGCUGUCAGGCCUCACCUGAGCACACAGGUUUGACGAUGAAAGCCCUUCUCCUGUUCGUCUUCACCAUCUUCAUCUUCACUGCUUUAUACUCUGGGUGUUUCCUUUGGAGCCUGACGGUUGCAUCCACCGUGUUCAUGAUGAUCACAACAUUUAUGGUUCUGACAAAGUCGGGCCCGAUGGGCGAGUGGCGGAGGGCGAAGACGGAGGAUAUCACAUCAAGAAACGAGUAAAGAGAAGGGUCAGACGUCGGGGGGACGGCUUUUCAAAGUUUGUGAUGUGAGACUGUAGGAGAAACAGAAAACGUCCGACGGGACGGAGUAGAAAUGUUUCAUACUUCAAUAACUGUUUGCAUGUGAGUCGCAGCUAAAGAACCAAGUUACACUGAGCUCCGGAAGACUUUUUACAGCAACGCACGUUUCUGAAUGCCAAUCUUUAUCUGAUCAUGUUUGAAAGGGCUGAAGUUCUUUAGUAGUUUUAACAUAAAAUGAAACUUUCAAAUCAAAACAGCGGGAAGGUUCAUCAGACUUCAGGACUAAAAGCUCACAGAGACUCUCAGAUCUUAAAGUCACAUUUCUCCUCACAGCUGCUCACUGUGAAGCGAGCGGUCAUUGGGAAACGUUUCAGGUUUUCGGGCAAAAAAAAUGUGCUUGAGGACAAAAAUUAGACUUUCGGAGUGACAUCGAGCCGAUGUAAGUUCAUGUUCUCUCCGUGUUUAAUGCCUGAAACACAUAAUUUUUUAUGUCCGUCAUGUGUGGACUUUCCCGGUGUGUAAACGAGACGGUGCAUUUCUGUUCAAGCUGAGUUCAAGGAGCUCAUUCACACGGGGACACAAGUUACUGUAGUUUAGCAACUUUUAACAAAUAGAGAAACAUUUUUAUCACGUAUAAAACCACCUGAAUGUACCUGAUGUAUUUUAAAAAUAUUGUAAGUGAGGCUCCGUGUCCACCUGGCGUUUUUUCCGGGCAGACGUCCGUUUCUAUGACAACAGUCUGUUGACAACGGUUGCUAUAUAAACGACACUGCUCCGUUACUUUUUACUGCAUGUUUUAUAUUUGAGGUCGUUGAGGGUCAUUGAGAUCGCGAGGAGAAUGUGGGUACAAGACAAACAUCCCCGUAAAACUUCAUUUGGAAAAGAAAAGUGGCGUCAACAGCGCCUUUCUGAAAGGUUGAAAGAUUUUCAACUUGAGUGCUCAAAGUGGCAGCAUGAAAAAGACGAUUGCUCGGAAAAAAGGACGCUUGUCGCUGUGCUUUUUCUCUAGGUUCCCGCCUGCUGCUGCAAACGCUCUCUACUCAUUGAAAACAAUUGAAAAAAGACGCUGGCGCUCAGAAAAAAAACGCCAGGUGGACACUGGGCCUGAGGGUUGUCAAGACACCAGAACUUGAAACUUUGAUACGAUACUGAUUAAGUCAAACGAUGUCGAUACCAUGGCAACAAAAAUAGAAAUCCUAAGCUGCAGAUGCUGGGUGUGUUCCUCGUUUUCAAACUCCUCAAAACGUUGCCAAUGUAUUCAUGCAAUUUACACAGAGUGCAGCAGUUCGCUUGUUUCCUCUCGUACGCAGCUGUUUUCUAAAAAACAUUACGAGAAACUAUCCAUUAAAAUAACAGAGAUCGUAUCGUUUUAAAUGACGUGGUAUUGCUGAAAGUGUUUGGACAACCUAACAAAGUGAAUCUCUUAUUGUUGAAAUGUGAGCUUGGCUGAUUUUUGGGCUGCAAAAAAAGUGACCAAACCUGCGACUUCACUCGUCUGGAGAACAAAUUCAGGUCAGAGCAAAACAAAAACAAAAGCCUCAUGUGAAUUUCAAACAAGAGCUGUGUUUUUUUAUUUUUAAGAAAUACAAAUGCACAAAAACUAUGAUUAAGUUUAUUUUUAAUCCACCUGCAAUUGUUACCUCGGGAUAUCAGUGCCAUGUUUUUACCUGGGGAAACUACGGAAGGUAAAUUAAAGAGUUUUACUCCGAGUACAAUCGAAAAGGAUGCAUUCAAAGAAAACUAGGACAUGUCAUGUCAAUCAAGCUACAUUAGAGCUGUACGAGCACAGGAUUUAAUGGAUCAAACUUUAUUGAAAAAACACAAAAAUGAUGCAACGUCCUUUAAAGGAAAUUUAUUCUGCCUAUUUAAAGUCUUCAUAUGCGAUUUUUCACACUUAAAUGUAGAAAUCAAGUAUCUCCUCUGAAAAUAACUCUGUGAGUCAUGACUGUCUACAAUGGGUGUAACACCCGAGUCCCACUGUCUGUGAUGUUUUCCGAGCUUUACGAGUCCUAUCUUCAGUUUGCUAAACGCCGUACUUAUCAGCGGUUUUUUUUGUCGCUGCACUCACAACGCUCUCAGUUGAAAGUAGCAACAAUGAGCGCUGCUGAGAAACGCUCUGAAAAGGAGGUCUUGAGCUCUCUGUGGACACAGGUUACCUGAUCGACAGGUGGAGGGGCGGAGCCACAUGUUGUAAUGAUUAGUUUAAAUAAUCUGAACUCAUUCUGACAAAGUCGUUAAUCCGAUAAAAACCUGAUAAAGUUUGAGCCUCACAUCUUAGUAUAUUUUUAAACGUCAAAUAAAACCAUCAGCAGCUCAAAAAUCCUCGGAGGAAAUAUUCAUGUACGAACAGCUGAUUGUUUAAUUUAGGAACUUAAAAAUUAUGUGAAUCCAGGUAUUACUUUUCCUCGUGCAGCUUUAACUGUAGCGGGUAAAUUAAGAGCAUGAAUCUCCUGUAGUUUAAUGUGAAAUGAUCGUGUUGUAGUGAAACUCUUCAGUGUUUAAGUGCCUUUGUAUCAACCAGCAGUGCAGGAAUAAUCCAGGGACGCGUUUGAUUCAAAGCUAACGUGCUGCUGAAACAGGAAACGGCUCCAGUGUUUUAUGACGUUAAUAUAAAUCAUAUAAAACUGUUAAAUCAGACCGGAUGGAGUUACAUAUUUUUUAAUUUGAUCAUAGAUCUGCAAGAAGAAAAACUACAAUGCAGUAUGAGGGGAUAAGAGAAUAAAAGCAUAACAAUAGGCAUGUAUUAGUUGGUAUUUUAUUUUGAAGGAUAAUUUCAGAAGAGCAGCCACCUGCUCGUGCGAGAUUAACAAACUGAAUACUUAAAUUUCCCCCGUUUACGACGUAACUCUAAAUAUCACGGCGUUUUCAAAGAAGAUUAUGACUGAAUUAUCGUGAUAUUGCGACUUUAUUCACAAAAUAUUACGACUUUUUUCUCUUAAUACUAUAUUGACCUGAUAUCAAACUUUUCUUUAUUUUAUGAUCUAUGUCAAAAUCAUGACUUUGUUCUUUUACGACUGUAUUCCCCUAAUAUCCGACUUUAUUUUACCUAUAUUGACGAUCUUUUUUCAUCAUAAAAUAAUGACUGUUCUGUUUUUUAAAUUUAAUUAAUUUAAUUGUUUUUUUUAUUUUACGACUUUGACUUUGUCCCCUUAUGACUUUAUAUAUAUAUAUAUUAAUAUAUAUAUAUAUUAAUAUAAUUCCCAAAAUAUUACGAUACAAAUUUCUCUCAACAUUAUUCUUGAAGUAUUAACCCUUUGUUUGCGUUGUAUUGCAAUGUAAUCUUCAAGCAUUACAAUUUUAUUACUACAAAUUAUUCUUGAAAUAUUUAAAUUUUAUUCUCAAAAUAUUUAAGACUUUAUUCUCUUAAUGUUAUGACUCCAUUCUCUGAAUCUUUUUGUUCUUAUAUGUAGAGCUCGACCGAUAAUUCAGCCGGCCGAUAUUAACAUAUCCGGUGACUAUCGGAGUCUUCUAAUUUUAUCUCAGAUAUGCUCCGAUAUUACUCGAUUUAUUCACCAGUCAAAAAGCAUUUCAUUUGAGUUUUAUUGUGUUACACUAGCAGUUCUCUUUCACCAGCAGAGGGCGCUAUAUGGAUUACAACAAGCAUCAUCACUGUCCAGAGUGUCGAGCGGUGAUGCACUAAAUGCUCAGUUACUUUCCAGCUGAGUGACCAUCUCGUCUUCAUUUUAAAUAUUUUCCACAAGUGUUUGAUGACUGUGGGAUCAACACAAUCAAGGUGUAAAUCUAUAUAUUUAUCUCUACAGAUGAAACAUAGAUUUAAAAAAAGAUAUCGGCCGAUAUAUCGGAAUCAGAUUCUUUUCUCCCUGAUAUCGGUAUCGGCCCCAAAAAAGUAAUAUCGGUUGGGCCCUACUUACAUCAUACUCUGUCAUAGAAAACAGAUCCAAUGACUUCAUAUGGGAUCUUCUUGAGGGAUCAGGAAUCUUCGAUAUGAGUUAAAAUCAAGCAAAAACUAAUUGUUAAAAAGUUUCAGGAAUAAUAAAAAACAGUCGUUUGUACUGAUCAAUCCGUCGGUCCUUUAAGAGGAAAGAUAAAUAAAUGUUUUUACCAGGAAAUUAAGAGAAGCUGGGGCUUAUGUUAGAUAAUAAAUAAGUACUGUACGACUUAAUGAGGGUUUGAGUUUAUAAAGUUUUAUAAAUUCAAUCAUGUUUGGGGCUCAAACUUCGCCAAGAAAACCUUCUGGAGGAAGAGUUGAGUUGGCUCCGUUUUCACAGGUAGCUCAAAUCAACUUUUUCUCCGAGACAUUUAAAUGUGUGUUAUUGUGGACUUUAACUGGCCGAGUGUUUAAAGGUCAAAGGUCAAAGGUCACAGUGUGUGUACACGAGGAGUUUCUGAAUCGUCUGGUGUGUUUUUUAGUCCCUUAGUGGCAAAUAUGUAGAAACGAGACAAUUCAGGAAAUGUUACAGCGACAAUGCUACGUCGAUGAAUUCUAUAUUCCUAAUAUUUAAUAGAACAAUGCACGACUUGUAACCUUGAAUUUAAAGCUGCAUUUAUAAAUAUAAUAAAUGAAAAGGAGGUGCGAGAAGCCGUUUAGCCUUUUUUAGCUCCUAGUUUCUGUUUUUUUAGGCAGAAAAUAGGAGCCAAGUGAUUAUCUCAGGAGUCUGUGACCAAAAACAGAGCUGAAUAUUUUGAAUUAUAUACAAGACACGGACGCAAACGCCCCUCCGAUGGGAUGUUCCAGGUAGCAAGUGUAAAUGCAAAAACUGCUCCUCUGCCCCCUGGUGGCGUGGAGCUUUUUUUUUAAGCGGCUUUAAAUGAUCAAAGUUAAAAGACUUUUAUUAGGUGGAAUUAUAUUGAUUUAACCGCAAUAGUUUCUCCGAGGGAAACACGUUUAAUAUGAACCUUUAGAUAAGCUCUUCUUGUGUGUUUGAGAUGUCAUAAAAAGUUGUACAAGUUGUUGUACAUUGUUGGAUUUUGACUGCACAGGUUUUCUUAAGGUGGAAAUGUGAUACUCUUCAUGUGACAGCACUUAUUACAUCUCUUAUUUUUUAUUUUAUUACACUGUACUGUAUUAAAGUCGUUUAAAGGAAGAAUGUGCGACAUGUUACACAUAAAUGUUGUUGUCAGAGUCGUGUUUACAUGGACGGGACGGCCGGCUCCUCCCCUUGUGUAUAAAAGCUGUUUUAGUCAAGAACUAGAGAGAAGAAGAACAUACUCACUGAUUAUUUGGAUGUUAGUAAGAGUUUUUAGAUCACGCUCAUUCUGUGUUAGUUUACAUGCAAUGUGAAGCUACGAGCUAACUAAAGAGCGCUAACAUUAGCAUGCUAACACAACAAUGUGAAGCUACGAGCUAACUAAAGAGCGCUCACCGUUUACGUGAAACUCCUUCGAGUGAAUGUGAGUGGAGGGGGCUUGGAGGUGUGUCUCUGGAGGAGAGCGGAGGCUUCAGUAUGGAGGAGGCGUGGCCUAACAGCAGUUUGUUUUGGUUUCAUGCUGAAGCUCAAGGGCGACAUCUACUGGAUCAAAAAGUCACACAUUCUUCCUUCAAAAAUGUAUUUGCUCUGAAAACUGUAAAAACAAAAUUACAACCUUAAACGAAGCGCAAACUUUAUUUUCUUAGAUGAAUUAUGAAAGAUGAUCGCUGACCCCAGAUGAACAAAUUAACUCUUCACAACUCUAGUAGUUUAGACCACUACAUUGAGAUCAAUCAGAUGCCCAAAAAUUAUUUAGUAAAUGAGAUUAUGCAUAUUUGCCAAUUCCGGCAUUUUAAGGCUGCUGCGUUUAUGGUUGAAGUUUUUUACAGUGUUUUGCAAAAUGUCAGAUAUUUCGCAGAUUCUGUGAAGAUGUUUUUGCUCUAUUGGAAGUUUAAUCUAAUGUGUGAACAUCCAUUAAACUCUCUUCAAAAGACAAA